AAAGAAAAGAAAAAGGAAACUCACUCAGAGGAGGUCGCAUCGGGUGCGUAUCUCGCCCUUUUGUUCCCAUAGUUUAGUACCGUGAAAUAACAAUUUGGUCAUCUUUACUGCCGCGUAUUGAUGCUGCCGCACCGAAAUCAAUCGUGUUGAUGCAAUUUGGCUCCAUUGCAAGGAGAAUUGCACAAAACAGAAGAUUCCGUGCGGGCGUACAUGUGUGUGUGUGUUUGUGGGCGAAGGUUGUGUUGAGCCGUCGUCGGUGAAAGAAUUACGAUCCCUCCCGGUUUGUGUAGCGUGAAAGAUGAAGAAGAAAAGUUGGUGAAAAAUCUAUCCCUCAAACAACGAGCAACGUCGACCACGAAGAGCUGCGCGAAACAGGGCGCAAGUGAGUCUGCUUCUUAAUUGUGCAUCGACCGGAAAACCGGAAAUCGGUUUCAUCCCAACCAAUCCCGCUACAGCCCAACCGUCUUGCGAAAGUGGGUCUGUAAAAAGGGAAAGGAAAGCAUCUCGAGCCAUAUUUGGGAGGUGGGGUUGUGUUUCAAGUGAGGCAGCAGAACGGAGCCGUACUUGGCUGGAAGAAAAGUGAAUCCCGGCCUGCUAGUCUCUUUCGCUUAUCAGCCGUGAAGAGAAAGCGAAACGUCAAACGGCCGGGCGAUUUGACAGGUGCCGAUUGUCUCGCAAAAAGUGUAUUUGCUGCUGUGCGUUUGGGUGUGUGUGUUCUCAUAGAAAAAGAAGUUGCUUCCGGUCGAAGGCAGUGCAAUACCGAGACGGUCAUCUUACUCUUAUCGGUACAUUCCCUACUUCGGCCAGCUCCAGAGGCAGGAGGAUCCUUGAAGGAAAUUACAACAGAACUACCCCAGAACAACGCCCCACAGUGGAUGAUGGAAAAAUGCUUAGUAUGUAGCAAACUGCACGCUGCGUAGGGGAAUAUGUAGGACAAAACGUGAUCCAAUCAUCCAACAUCCGGCUGGAUAGUGGAAAUCUCAUCUCAAGCUCUUCCUACCGGUAAAGAGCAACGAAGGGAGCGUUAGCGAGCGUGCGGUAUAUCAUUAAAAAGAGCCGGCAUCUCUAACUGCCGGUGUUGACGAAAGUAGCCCUUCCUGUGCAGUGGCACGCCACGUGCUUAGGCGAAAGAAAGCUCACAGAAGAAGCGGCUUUGAGGUUUAAACCAACAACCAACCCUUUUGGCGGAGUAAUUAAUUAAGCUCCAAAGAGGCGGAAGAUAGAGGACACAACACGGCAGGAUGCCGCUACCAAAGCGUCUAGUGCAGCCGGUGUUCGUUGCACGGUCGGUGUACGUGCGCGAAGAGUUACCGGCAGAGCUAGAAACGGUCACCAAUACGACACUCACCAAUAUCGUGCGCCAGCUGUCUUCGCUCUCGAAACAUGCUGAGGAUCUGUUCGGUGAGCUGGCACGAGAUGCGGGCGGUUUGGCCGAGCGGGCCAACUCACUGCAGGCUCGUAUCGAUCGGUUAGCGAUAAAGGUCACCCAACUGGACAGCACCGUGGAGGAAGUGUCGCUGCAAGACAUUCAAAUGAAGAAGGCGUUCAAAAGUGCCACCAUGUUCGACCAGCAGAUCUUCUCCCGGGCGACAAUGCCUUCGGCGAUGCUGGAAGUGUAUAAGACUUGCGAUAAACCGCCGCCACUGGAUAAGCUCAACUGCUAUCGGGACGAUGGUAAAGAUGGGCUCAAGUUCUACACCGAUCCGAACUACUUCUUCGAGCUGUGGCGACAGGAGAUGCUGAAAGAUACGGAGCGCGUGAUGCACGAUCGUGGCAAAAAGGUUCACAAACCACGGGCGGAAGGUGGGGCGGAUGGUGGCGGGCGGCAGAAAAAGCGACCGCGCGCACCGCACAACACACGCGAAAAGCAACGCCAGCGUGCCAUCGGGCACGGCGAAACGCUGAUGCCAAACAAUGUCAUCUACCGCACGCCAAACGCAAUCAUCGGUUCGCAGGAGGAAGCGAUUUACAACAGCGCUAUGGCGGCGGCCGGUGGAAGCAUGAUCUACGACUCCCGAUCAUCCUCCGCGAUGGGUGGUAGCAGCAGUGGCGGUGCCGCCCGACCGAACUCGAUCGAGCUGCGGCGAAGCUACCAGCAACCGAACGAAAUGGUUGACGGUGGUGGUUACGCGCCACCAUCGCCCGGUGGUGGUGGUGGCUAUCACCAUCAGCAGAUGGCUGCCGCGCAUCAACAGGCCGGCGGAGUUUACCAGCAGCAGCAACCGACCUACGACCAGUACGGCAAUCCGACGAUUUACGGCUCGGGUGCGAAUCAGAUGUCGCAGGAAAGUUUGUACGCACCGGGCACACCUUCGCGGUCGAAAUCGCGCCCAUCGCAGCCACCACCGGCCCCACCAUCAUCCGGCAGUGGCGGUGGCACACCGAAUGCCUCGAACGCGAACACACCAACGCGCAGUCGCAGCCUGUCGACGGGCCGUGAUAAUCUACCACCGCCACCACCGAUCCCGGAGGGACUGCAAUCGCCACCGCACGGUAUGAGCAAUGGUGGCACGAGCGUGGCCGCCAAGAUGCUGCUGAACCGAUCGGGCUCACGGGCAGGUUCGCCCCAACUCGGCAUGACCGGGCAGCAGCAGCAGCAGCAGCAGCAGCAACAGCAGCAGCAGCAACAUCAACACCAGCAAGUGGUCGUACAGUCAAUGAUGGACCAGAACCAGCUAGCGCUGGCCCAGCUGAACCAGCAGAUCAACAAUCUGAACAAUCUCAACAUGCAGCUGAACCAGAUGUCGAUGAACGAUCUGCCGCCACCGCCACCGAUUCCGGAACAGCUAUCACCCAAACAAUCACCACCAAAUGUGGCACCACCACCUCCGCCACCGCCACCACCAAUGCUGGACGGACCGCUAAGUCCUACGAAGGCACCGUUGGCUAACGGCGACCUGUACAACAUGCCGAAGAUGCACCAGCUGAAGAAGAUUCCGCCGCAGGAGAAGAUUACCUACGACGAUCCGCGCAGCGAUUUGAUGAAGGCUAUCCGAGACGGUAUCAAACUGCGCAAGGUGGAGAAACAAAAUCACGAAGCGAAGGAAAACGAUCGCAACAAGGGUUUGCACGAUGUGGCCUCGAUCUUGGCCCGGCGCGUCGCCAUCGAGCUGUCCGAGUCGGAAUCGUCCGAGAGCGACGACGAUAGCGAGGGCUGGCAGGAAACGAACGAAACGUCCGCAUGACAUCAGGAGAGCGUUGCGGCCGGUGGUGGUGGCGGUGGCAAGAAAAAGUGAAACAAGGUGUAGCGCCUCUUUCGAUAGGGCGCCGAUUCUUUCCCCGUAGUAACUACUACUAAUGCCAGGGGCCGGGGAGGGACAAGAAAAGCUCCGACUCCGAGUCGUUGUGCUGGAGCUGGUGAGUUCGAUAUAAUCGUACCAACGGCAACAGCGCUGGUAGAGGGAUGAACGCAAAGGAAUCGCGGUCCACCGAUCGCGAGGACUGCAAUGUGCACACAAAGACGGGUUGUUUUUUUUUUUGCGCGAUCAUUCGCCUGCGAUAUUUUGGGUGUAUUUAUUCUUUUUUUCGCAGGACGCAGGAAUCACCAGUGGGUGGGAGAAGAAUUGAUUCCGCACCGCGUUGAUGAUCGCGAUCGCAGGUGGAAGACAUUUAAUAUUCGAGAUUAUACUAUAGGUUGUGUUUAGCGCGCAACCGCACACGUUAAGUUCGGGUUAAGUUGUACAAAUUCCUAAUUUCCUCCCCCCCCCCCCCUUCCCCACCCUCCAUCUAUUUAUACAGGCGAGUUAAGGCAUCGCCAGACAGUAAGGAUGAUGGUUACCCGAUCAUGAUAAUGAUCCGCAGGAGCGUGUUGGCGUUGGGCACUUGUUGCGCAUACAUUCUAUUAAUACAUUCGCUGUAAAGAUUAGUUUGCUAGUGGGCUAAGCUGAUAGUUUUUUGUUCGAAUAUUAUUACACACGGUCACUGGAUCGCUGGAUCGGUGAGAGCAAACACACACACACACAAGAGCAAAAGCUACCCGUGUGGUGCUGCGCGUAUAUCAAAAUGUUAAACAAAAUGCGCGUAAAAUAGCUUAGCGUAAGGGCUGCUGUAGCAGAAGAUACUAGUAGCAUGCAUUACAAACAACAACAAAACCCUUGGUAUCGAAGCAUACAAUUUAUAUACAAAACUUUGUAAACCCGUAGCCGUUACACCAAUCGUAGUCGUAAGGUGGGAAACAGAAGAAGAGAAAAGCAAACCAGUCACAGGUUCGGUCAUUUGCCAACUACUCUAGUAGCAAAACAAUGAAAGAAACUAAUGCAAACCAGAAUGCCAAAACGUGUGUGUGAGAGGAGAGAGAUGGAAGAGGACACAAGGAAAGGAUAUUAUUUUUUGCCAGGAAGUUCAUAAUGAUUUAAAGUUAUUGCCACUGGUAUAUCGCAUCCCAGUAGAUUGAAGAUCGAUAUGCAUUUAGCGACGCAAAAGAGAGACCGGCCAUCGGUGUUGGGUCAAGUAGCUCUUUUUUAAAGAGGAGAGGACAACUGGCACACUUACAUGUAGCUCAGCACUCACUGAGGGCGAAGAGGCCAAAGAGUGCGAAGAGCUACCUCGUGAGGUGGAAAAGUGCGAAGAGGAGGUCUACCCUUUUCAAAAUCGAAGAGUGCGCUCAGAACCCUCAUUUUAUGGAGGCAAGGCCUCCCGGUAGCUCUCGAGCUCACUACCCCCCCAACACUAUCGACAAUGCAGACUCUGGUUCGCAUCGUGAUGUGUUUGGUAAAGCCAGUCGAUUGCACGAUGCUGCCUUGUUGCUUUUGGAAAAUUCGCAAAUAAUCGUAUCCGUUCGUUACGAUCCGUAUAGCAUUAGACGUUCGUAUUCGAACAUCAGCACACGCUUUUAACGUUCGGAAUUAUUUUUUUUUGUAAAACAUUUCUACUGCAUUUCUCCUACCACACUCACGCACACAACGAUUCAAAUGCGCUUCAGUUAGCUCUUUAAAUUGUCCUUUUUCGUUGUUGUUGUUUGAUAAAAAAAGCAAAGAAAACAAACUAGGAAACGCAAAAAGGAAAAACAAUAUAUUAACAUAGAAAAGUUAAUAGUAAUACUCCAACAAAAGACAUUUAAAAUUAAAACUCAAUGCAUUAUGGGCAAAGUGCGAGCGAAAAUUUGUGAAAUAACAGAAAAUAGGAAUGAAAGAAGAUACAAAAGAAGAGGGGAAGAAAAAAGGUGGCAAAAAUCCAUCUUUGCUCUCGCUACACCGUAGAAGAAGAAGAGUUAACAAAAUCGCUCAAAUGGUUUUCACACACCGUUCGUGGAUACUAGCAGCAGCUUUAAAGUGAGUUCAAUUUACGCCUGCUAAUACUACCCGCUUCUUCUAUCGCUGCUACACUCGCUAAACAAACAAUCCCCGACCCCCGGCUUCUCCCCUUAAACCAGUGUGAAAAUGUAAAAUUACUUUUAAAACUCGCUGUGUGUCAUGAAAUGCUCAAAUUUGUUUUUAACCUCUAAACUUUUAGAACUAAAUGUAAAAACAAAUCAGGUUUUAAAACGUUCGCUUCGCUAAUUCGCUAACGCUUUUUUUCCUACGCGAGUUUGUUCCGGGUUUUUACGUUGCUUUUUGAAUGGGGAAAAACAAUCCAAUUGAAACGAUAUGCAAAAAGCCAAGCCAGCGCUAAACCUGUCUUCAUUCGACUUAACUAAUUUCCACGCAAAAGCAUUCACUUGAGACAGGCAAUACGAUACCAAACUCUCUACUGUGGUUACUGUAACCCUCCCCCACCCCUGCGUCAAAAUAGCCAAAAGGAGUCGUCACACUGUAUGGAUGGAACAGUAAAACAUUAUUAGGAAUCGAUACUAAUUGCAUAGAUAGUUAACCAAGUAAUAUGAUACAGCAACCAACCAACCAACCAACCAACCAUAUAUCCUUUCCGCAUUGUGUGUGGCAAUGCGCUGCAGCAUAUAUAUCUACGCGACAAGCUAUUAAGAACUCAGACAACUUAUACAGAAACCCCUCACAACAGACACACAUACAAACACUGGUAAGGGAAAACAGCUAGCCCAAGAGCGCAUCCGAGCAACCAUCAUGAUUCGUGUGACGCAUUUGAUAUUAUCAGUGAUGAUCAGACGCGAGAAGAAGAAGUGAUCGUUCUGUGUGUCCUUCGGUGUAUUUGGUCGAAUGGUUAAACAUGCAAAAUACUCCUUAAAGAGCGAUAUAGUGUAGCGUAUAGUCGUGUCGAGGGAAGGAAGCAUGUUGGUUGGUUUUGUCUGCAUGUUUAAGCUUUAGUCGUUCCGUAUUCUUAUAAAAAAAGGCACACACACACACACACGAAAACUGUCUCUGUAAUAUGUGGGGGAAGCAAAAUGUUAUUUUAUAGUUUUUCGCCCCAUUUUGUCCCCCUUUUUUGUGCGUUAUGAAAGCAGUUGCAAACACCCCUGUACGCGCUUUCCUUUUCCCUUGCCGUACAAAACAAAAAAAAAACACCCCCACUGUAUCCCAUGUAUUAUAAUUUCUUCUAAUAAAUAGGUAAAAUAAACGAAAUGAAUAAAACGAAUAAGCGGAAAUAAAAA